AUGCGCGAAGAGGUUGAUCGAGCCAGGACCAACAUGCGGUCAUCUGCAGAGGGCAGGCAGCUGGGUGAGGAGUUUUGGGAGCUACAUGAGAGAAAGCUGAGGGGGAUGCAAGACGGCAUCGACAGGAACCAGGCCUUCCUGAACGCCGUGGUAGGGUUCCAAGACAGCUCCAGCCCGUUCCCCCUGGCGGACGGUGAAAAGCGGGUCCCGGGAGACCCGUCGAGGACGACCAAAGCCCAGGUCUCCAAGAUCAACACCACCCUGCGGCAGUGCAUGAGAGAUUGGAGCGGCGAGGGGGAGGAGGAGCGGCGAGAGUCCUACGGCGCCGUCAUCGCCGAGCUGGAGAGGCUGCGCCCGGUUGACCCGCGCAGGAGGGGGGCUCAAAAGGUUCUGGUUCCCGGGGCCGGGGAGGGGCGUCUGGCCUACGAAAUCGUGUCCCGAGGCUACGGCUGCGCGGGCAAUGAGUUCAGCUACUUCAUGCUCAUGGUGUCCAAUUUCAUCCUCAACGGGGUUGGCGAGGAGAACGAGUUCACCCUGAGCCCCUUCGUCGACAACACGUGCAACACGUUCAGCGUCGAGGACAUGCUGAGAACAAUACGUGUCCCCGAUGUCUGUCCACCUUUGACCCUCGCCGGUGAAGCUGACUUGGACUUUUCCUACGUAUCUGGAGAGUGGCUAGCCUGCUACGAAGAUCAGGCGUCGGCGUUUGAUGCCAUCGUUACCGUAUUUUUCCUGGACACCGCGCCGGUGGUGGUCGAGUACAUUGCGGCAAUCGCACGUCUUCUCAAAGAAGGAGGGGUGUGGAUCAACUUUGGUCCGCUGCUGUACCACUGGUCUGACAGUUCGCUUCGGAAGACAGACGAACGGUUUCAGCGAUCCGUCGAGCUCAGCUGGGAAGAAAUCCGCAUCGUGUGCGCCUGCUACGGGCUAGACAUUGUUCGAGAGGAGAGGCAGGACGCUACGUACAACGCCGACCAACGUUCAAUGAUGAGGACCGCGUACACCGGUAUCCUCUGUUCCGCGGUGAAACGGUCCAAGCCGGACGCCAAGGGUUUAUCAUGA